AUGGUCCAAAAGAUUGUGUUUAUUACCGGAAAUGAGAAUAAGCUGAAGGAAGUUAAGAUGCUCCUGGCAACAGGCGAGAGCGAAGAACCCAUUUUUGAGCUGACGAGCGCCAAUAUUGAUCUUCCAGAGAUGCAGAGCGGGAGCCUCGAAGAGAUUGCCAAAAUCAAGGUUUCAGAGGCAUUAAAACACAUUCCUAAGGGCCAAGCUGUUUUCGUGGAGGACACCGCCUUGUGCUUCGAUGAAUACAACGGUUUACCGGGCGCUUAUAUCAAAUGGUUCAUGAAGAGCAUGGGUCCUGAGAAGAUCGUUCGCAUGUUGGAUGGAUUUGAGAACAAGGGUGCCGAGGCGAUCACCACAGUUGCUUACGGCGACUCAGAGGGCAAGAUUCACAUAUUUCAAGGCAGAACCAAAGGCAAGAUCGUGGAACCACGCGGUCCACCAACAUUCGGGUGGGACUGCCUGUUCGAGCCCACCGAGGGCACCGGCAGCACGUACGCAGAAAUGGAGAAGAAGGACAAGAACAAGAUUUCUCAGAGGUCCAAGGCUUUUGCACAGUUGAAGAAGUAUUUGUACACCCAGGCCGCGUAA